GUCGUAGUUGUGGGAUGUUUGUUGUUGUGGUAAUGGUAUGGAAUCGGUGUUGGUACCAGUCAGUGAUGUCGUGUCGCAAACGAGUGGUGGGCAGGGCGCGCGAAAGAAUGUAGAGAUUUCGUUGUUGGGCAAUGACGGGUGGGAGGUCUUGCGUAAUCCAAAUUGUUGUGUUUCAAUCGUCGAUGGUGGUUCUUGUGAGGCUGUGCUGAAAGUCUAGUUCUACCUCUAG